CCUACUCCUCCAAUUAUGUAUGUUGACAUAUGGGAGACAGGUUAACUGAUGUUAAACUGAUGAGUUGAAAUGAAGUAAGGGGGGGGGGAUGCAUUUGAUCGAGAUAAAGACUUAAAAUGAUUGGGCUGUAAAUACUAUGAAGUACAAGUGUGAUUCUAUACAAGCAAUGAUUGCUACCAAAUAGCACCCAACAGCCAUGGGUAUGGUUGAAUUUGCCCUGGGUACUGUUGGAACACUGGACCCACUGAAGAGAAAAUAUUCUCCUUUAGUUUGCUAAAUUUCCUUUUCUGUAAUGUGAACGCUAAUUGCUGGUGCCCUUGUAGAAGGGCAUCUUAUGUGAUUGGGCCAAACCCAAAAAGAGUGAACGAUUCUGGGGAGACAGACUGUGCAAGUUACGGCAGUUUGAGUUGGUGGUCGACGAGGAGAAGGGUCUGCAGAGGUAACAAGGCGUAGAGCUGGAUGAACGGAGCAGGUCAAGCGACAUCAGAGGAGCAGGAAAGCUGACGUUUCGGGUCUGGACCCUUUUUCAGAUAAUCAUCUGCAGAGGGACAGUGAUGGAAAUGUCAGCUUGAAUUAUCGGGACUUACAGCGUUUGUACAGUUGAUAACCGGGAGACGUGAGAGCCACGACCGCUGCUGCCUGAGCCGGGCUGGGGCACAGCCCGCAGCUGGAGCUGACGCGGGGAUCCGCUCCGACACGAGCUGCAGGAGGCCUGAGGCCUGCUCCGUUACCAAGGAAACCGCGGCUAUGGCGGAGUGCGGCAGUGAGCGGGUGGAGGCGGUUUACCGGACCCUCGACCCGGUGAAAAAUCUCCGAAUCCGUAUAUGGCUUCAGCGGGUAACCCCAACAGCACUCUUCACUGAACAUGCUCUGCAGCCAGCAAUUCAACGUGGACAAAGUCUCAUUGAAAUGUCUACAUUUGACACCCAGCCUUCAAGGAGAAUAACCGAAGGGUAUCGGACACAUGAUCAAGAGGAGGUUGUGGUGGGUUGGCAGGAAAAGCUAUUCAGCCAAUUUGAAAUUGACCUGUUCAAGAACGAACAUGCCUGUCAGAGUCCUUUGGACUUUCAGUACCGCAAUGAAAUCCUAUCUCUGGAUGGAACAGAAGAGAGGAAGAACUUCAGAAUCUUUACCUAUACUGACUUUGAUCGGUAUACCAACUUGGAAGAGUAUUCUCAGUCUACGACCACAUCAGCAAAGGAGACUCCAUCAUAUCUGGCAGAAAGGAUGUCUCAUGUUCGGCGGAGGAGGCAGGAGCGCAGAAUGAUGGAAGGGAAGAUUCCAAGGUCACGGAUCAUCACCUGGGAGCCAACUGAGGAGUUUGUGAGGAAUAAUCAUGUCUUGAAUAACCCUGUGCAAACCAUGUAUAUUAUGGGAGACUUGGGGCCAUAUGGAAAGCUAGGUAAGCGUGAGGAUGAGUAUGUAUUGUGCACCAUUAAAGUGGACAACAGUGGUGUUCUGUCCAUAAAACCUGACUUCAGUGACUCCAAACCGGCUUACAGAAUUGAGACUGAAGGAGAGAAGAAGGAACUAUGGCUGUACACAAUUAACAACGCAUCUGUCACAGUCCAGAAGGAAGAUCAGGAAAGGGAGAAACAUCUCUUCAAAGAUCUGUACGACAGACACAAGGAUUACCUUCGUAGUUUGGUUGGAGAAGAAUUUGAAACACCUCCCCUUGGUACUCUCCAGCUGUUUGUGAAUGGAGAAAUUGUGUCAGCUGAGGGUUUCGAAUAUGAUAAUCUGUAUGUACGGUUCCUCCUUGAACUUCCAGACAAUUGGUUCUGCUCUUCAAGGCAGCAGUUGUCUGGAGUGACACAGACCUGCUCUACCAAGGUCGAGGGCCGGGAGAAUGUGGCCUAUUUUUCAUAUCCAUUCGACUUUGAAAUGACCUUAAAAAGUGAAGAUCAACCUGAGGGUUGCCUUCCACAAUGGCCUGUGCUUUAUUUUGGGGUUCAUUCUUCUGAUUUCUGGCAAAGACAUCGCAUUGAGGGAUACGGUUAUGUUAGAAUCCCAGAUAGUCCUGGUAGCUACACUCUCACAUGUCAGACCUGGAGACCAAUUGUCCCUGGAACUGUGGCAGAAAUGCGGAGAUUUUUUGUUGGUGGCUUCCUCGAACUGGAAGAUAUGACAUACAUCCGUAUCCCAAGCACAUUCAAGGGAGAGAGAUUGAGUCGAUUUGGUUUCAGAACCGAAACAACAGGAACUGUUACCAUGAGGUUUAAUUGCAUGCAGCAGUGCAGGUCUUUCCUUGAUUCAAGCAUGGCAAGGAAGAAAUCACAAAAUGUUCUGGAACGUAUGGGUGGACUUUCACAUCAGGCUUCCCUCCAAUCUGUUAUAGAGGCAUUUGGUCGAGCACAGCAACGUAUGCAUGAAGCACAAGAGAGCCUUUCAAAAGACCUGCUGCGCGCAUCUACAUUUCUGGAAUCAAAGUCAAUGACAUAAUAAAUCAACAUCAGUUGCACUGGACUGUGAUAUUACAGGCUGAGAAGUAAAACUGACUCAUUCAGAAGACAGCAAAAUUGGAGAAACAACCCUGGGAGCAUGUAUUCUAUUUAAUUAGAGUUGGAAUAUUUUGCCACUCUUUUUGGCUUUCCCAAAUUUUGAGCUUGCAUAUGCUUAAGUAACACAGUGAAUGAAGUAAUGCCUCACCUGAGACAAUUGUAGGUUCAUAAAAUCGAGAGUUUCUCAGCCAACUGAUGCAUGUACUGUUCAGAAUCACUUAGAAAUUUUGAUAAAUAAGGAUGACAGGUUUUUGAACCAAAAUAGAAUAUUUGUUAAUUCCUGACAGCAAUGUUAAAUGCUUAUUGAAGAAUUUUUUUUUCCACCGGCUUUGGAUUCGACACUAUCCUGUAUAUAGUUGGCUACCUAUAGCUGCACAAACCAGAAGCUUUGAUUCCUGUUUUUUGCUGAAGUAGGUGAUGUCAUAGCAGCAAUAAGGACACUGCAAAUGGCAAAGCAACUUGACUGAAGAAAAUUCAGAUGGCUCCCCUUCAUAUUGCAGUCCAAGAUCAUCUUGUGAAUGUCUAUGCACAUGUGAAUGUUGGGUAAACAUUGAACUUUCCUUGAUUGUGAUGCUUUCUGUGGUACAAGUAAAGUUGUCAUUAUCCCAGAUGACCAUUGGGAUACCUCAUCA